GUCAUCUUUCAGCGUCACAUCUUUGUCAGUGAACAAAAUGGCAACCUACUGCUUAACCGUCGCCCGGCUUCAGCUCGCUCUGGGUCAGGGAGCCCGACGCUUUCAUGUGGCGGCAGCUCUCAACGCAAAGGCUAAGGUGGCCAUGAGCCACUUUGAGCCAAACUCUUACAUCAACUAUGACAAGCUUCGCUCAAAUAUUGACAUUGUGCGCAAAAGACUCAACCGGCCACUCACUCUGUCAGAAAAGAUUGUCUAUGGCCAUCUGGAUGACCCGGCUGGACAGGAAAUCGCUCGAGGACGCACAUACUUGCGCCUGCGACCCGAUCGAGUUGCUAUGCAGGAUGCAACAGCACAGAUGGCCAUGCUGCAGUUCAUCAGCAGUGGACUCCCAAAAGUCAUCGGUGUGAAAUUGACAGGCACAUUAACUGGUUGGACCUCACCAAAGGAUGUCAUCCUUAAAGUGGCUGGUAUUUUGACUGUGAAGGGUGGCACUGGUGCCAUUGUGGAGUACCACGGCCCUGGUGUGGACUCUAUCUCCUGCACAGGAAUGGCCACCAUCUGUAAUAUGGGCGCUGAAAUUGGAGCUACCACUUCUGUAUUCCCUUUCAACCACCGUAUGAAGACAUACUUGGAGAAGACAGGUCGUGGAGAAAUCGCUGCUUUAGCAAAUGAGAACCAAGAUCUGCUGGUACCUGACUCGGGUUGUCAUUACGACCAGAUAAUUGAAAUUAAUCUAAGUGAGCUGAAGCCUCACAUCAAUGGCCCAUUUACUCCUGACCUGGCUCACCCUGUUUCAGACAUCGGCUCCGUUGCUGAGAAGAAUGGCUGGCCCCUGGAUGUUAAAGUUGGUCUGAUUGGAAGCUGCACCAACUCCAGUUAUGAGGACAUGGGCAGAGCUGCCUCCUUGGCCAAACAAGCACUUGACAAAGGACUCAAAUGCAAAGCCCAGUUCACAGUCACCCCUGGGUCCGAGCAGAUUCGUGCCACAAUCGAGCGAGAUGGCUAUGCUAAAGUGUUGAGGGAUGUUGGUGGGGUUGUCCUGGCGAAUGCCUGUGGACCCUGCAUCGGUCAGUGGGACAGACGUGACGUUAAGAAGGGAGAAAAGAACACCAUUGUUACAUCAUUCAACAGAAACUUUACAGCCAGAAACGAUGCUAACCCUGCCACUCAUGCUUUUGUCACUUCCCCAGAGAUCGUCACAGCCCUUGCCAUCGCAGGCACACUGAAGUUCAACCCUGAGAUUGACUUCCUCACAGCCCCCAACGGAGAGAAGUUUAAACUGGUGCCGCCCACAGGAGAUGAGCUUCCUGCCCGUGACUUUGACCCAGGUCAGGACACCUACCAGCACCCACCAGCUGAUGGGUUAGGCCUGAAAGUGGAUGUCAACCCUCAGAGCAACCGACUGCAGCUGCUUGAGCCCUUCGACAAAUGGAAUGGAAACAACCUUGAGGACCUCCGAGUGCUCAUCAAGGUGAAAGGAAAGUGCACCACCGACCACAUCAGCGCUGCCGGACCUUGGCUGAAGUUCCGUGGCCACCUUGAUAACAUUUCCAAUAACCUGCUCAUUGGUGCCGUUAAUAUUGAGAAUGAUGCCGUCAAUAAAAUUCGCAACCUUCUGACUGGAGAGUUUGGUGGUGUUCCUGAUGUUGCCCGCCAUUACAAAAAGCACAAUGUUUCAUGGGUAGUUGUGGGAGAUGAGAACUAUGGUGAGGGUUCCAGCAGAGAGCACGCUGCUCUGGAGCCCAGACAUUUAGGAGGGAGGGCCAUUAUUGUGAAGAGCUUUGCUAGAAUCCAUGAAACUAACUUGAAGAAACAGGGCCUGCUGCCCCUCACCUUCUCCAACCCUGCUGAUUACGACAAAAUCUGCCCAGAUGAUAAAAUCUCCAUUGUAGGGCUUAAGAGCCUUGCCCCUGGAAAGCCCCUAAAGGCCGUCAUCAAGCACAGUGAUGGGAGCACAGAAACCAUUGAGUUGAACCACACCUUCAACGAAACCCAGAUUGAGUGGUUCCAGGCUGGCUCCGCCCUCAACAGAAUGAAGGAGCUGCAGAAAUGAGCGUGAUUGGCUAUAAAUAUACAUAUUUGGGAGGGGAAGGGGUUAUGCUUCAAACAGGAGGAUAUGGUAUGUGUAUGAAAGGUUUAAAUACUCAUGUAAUUAUGAACUGAAUUAUACACAAUACAUAAAAUACAUUUUAAAACUGUGUUGCAUAGACAAGUCAUGUCAAUACUGUUCAAAGCUAUAUAAUACAUUGCAGAGCAGAUAAAAGGUAUUAAGUUUUGCAACUGUAAUGCUUAUAAAUUACAAGCUGGGUCAGUGUGUAUUACAGAAUGGUUCAUUAAAAAAAAAAAAAAAAGUUAGCCUGCAAAAAAUGGUAGGCGCAUGCUUGUUAGUGGGAGUUUAAUUCAUAAAAUCAUCCAAAUAUCUGUGUUCAGGCAACUGUUGAUUAUUAAUUUCUGCUGUUUGUAAUAUGACACUGAACUGUAAUGAGAGCUGCUUGUGAAUGUUCUGUCCUGUAAUCAGCUUUAUUAAUGGAUUCUUUUACUUCACAUGAUUCUGUUAGCAGAGAUGAUCAACCAUUCAUAAUAAUUGUUCUUAUUCACGCAAGCUUGAAACUUGACCGGUUAUUGUUCAUGUAGCUAUUCUUACUGUGAGUCAGAGUGACAUGUCUAUGCCUAUUCUUCAAGACCCUGGCAGAUCUUGACAUCACACCACCACUAUCAAAUGUGUCUGGUACUGAGUGCACCACAGGUCAAGUUUAUAAACGUUUUAAACGGAAUGCUUAUUUAUAAACAUGUGCAAAGAAUCUCCAAUGUGCAUUAUCUUAAGUGUUUUGGAUGCGUUAUUGAGUAAUGGAUCAGUAAUCAGACCUCCAAUCUCUUGAGCACUUUUCCUGUAUAUUUGAGUGCCCUUUUUUGUAGGGUUGUAUUUUUUUCCCAUUUCAAACCGAGCCAUACCCAUGUCAAAGCAAU